AUGUCUAAGUGGACACAAUAUCAUAAUAACAUUGUCCUGUCUAUCUUUCCUCAGUUUGUGGCACAUCCAAACUGUCAGCAGCAGUUGUUGACGAUCUGGUACGAGAAUCUGUCUGGUCUUCGGGAGCAAACCACUGCGGUCAAGUGUCUGGUUGUGUUGGUGGUGGCGCUGGGACUUCCCCUGCUCGCCGUGGGCUAUUGGUUUGCCCCGUGUAGUAAGCUUGGUAAAAUCCUGCGCAGUCCUUUCAUGAAGUUUGUGGCUCACGCGGCCUCCUUCAUCAUCUUCCUGUGUCUGCUGGUGUUCAACGCGUCUGACCGCUUCGAGGGCAUCACCACGCUUCCCAACGUCACUGUCACUGACCACCCGCUGCAGAUCUUCAGGGUCAAGACCACUCAGUUCUCAUGGACAGAAAUACUCAUCAUGGUCUGGGUGGCAGGUAGGGAUGUGGGCUGUUUAUCACCUAUGAGCUGGUUUACAUACACACCAAUAUGCUGAUCAAAAUGAUUCGCC